CCGUUGCUGUCAUUCGCGUUUUCGCCAAAUUUUCCGCAUCCAGCAUUCAGUCCGUUUUUGUUCGCGUUCGAAAGUGGGAUUUUGGUAGCGUUUGCUCGGUCCCGCAUCCACUAGGCUAGGAAGUAAAGUUGUACUUAGUAGAUUUUUAGGUGUAUUCGGCUUAAACGGGGAUUAAGCGGAAUUGAAAAGUGUGCCGUCGUCGUGCUGCCGCGUGUGCUGUUUGCUAAAGUUUGAAAAUUUUGAUUCAUUGCUUCCGUGGGUUGGGAAAUGUAGAAGUGUGUGAUCGUGGGUUUUUCUUCCUAAAAGUUAUAAAACAUCGUUGCUCCGGAGGUUCCAGAAAAAGUGUUCUCCCCGGGCCACAUAAGUAUAGUGUUGGCUGCGUGUUCAAGGGGUUGUGCAAAAGUAACAAAAAACGUGCCACCAAAUCGCGUGAGUGAGUCAGCAGCGAAAAGCGCAACAAAAGGAAUUUGAAAUUUUUUCGGCUCCAGCUCCAGGGAGAAAGCUUUAAACUUUCGUCUGGAAUCCGGAGAGGAGGACCUCAAGAUGGUUAACGUGAGUGGCGGAUCCAACGCCAAUGGAAGCAAUCCGGAUCCGGCCAGCUUUCCCACCGUGAAUUAUCUGCACGAGCUGCCCCAAGCGGAUGAGGAACGGCUGGAGAAGAUUUUCAACAAACUGGACCGGGACGGAAAUGGGCGAAUCGAUAUCCAUGACCUGUCUGAGGCCUUGAAAGAGUUUGGCCUGUCCCAUCAGUAUGCAGAGGAAUACGGACAUUCCCUAUUCUUUCAGCGGUUCCUCAAACAGUCGGACCAAACCGAAUCCGGCGAUGUGGGCCUGGCCGAGUUCAUCCACUAUGUGCGGGAGCACGAGAAAAACCUCCGGCUACAGUUCAGCCAUCUGGACAAAAACCGGGACGGCAAGGUCGAUCUGGAGGAAAUGAUUACGGCCUUCAAGGAGCUGGGCAUCGACAUGGACCGACACGAGGCGGCCAAGUUACUUAAGAGGAUGGACAAAGACGGAAGUCUCAACAUCAGCUACGACGAGUGGCGAGACUUCCUGUUGCUGGCACCAUCUGCAGAUAUUCACGAACUCGUCAAAUACUGGAGGCAUUCAACCAACCUAAGGUACAAUGAAUCCUAUCUAGCCAUGAUUGGCCGCGAUAAUCAGCCUUUCCAAAGUUCAAACCAGUUGCCUUCCGAAUCGAAGUACAGUUCAAAAACGCGUAGUACCGAAACGAGUUACCCUAGCAAUAGUAAUCAAAAUAGUUACAGUAGUAGCACUAGUAGUAGUAGCAAAUCUACAAUCGAACAAGAUUUUAACGGAUCAACCUCGCCGUCCCCUGAUUUUCAACCGGGGUCCCCAUCGACAGUGACCCCAGACGACGAAUCGCAAACCUCGCUGUCGUCUCCGCUCAGUCUGAUCGAUCUCGAACAAGCGAUCGAACAUGUCACUGAGCUGAUCCUGAAUCCGGGCCUUUUUGCCGGACCAUCCGGUUCCGGUUCCCCUCACAUGUACCACCAAAAUACGUCACACCUGUUGGUGGAUGGUAAGUACCUGGACAUAGGCGAGGACCUGAACGUACCUGAUGAUUUCACGCAAAGCGAAAUGCAGAGCGGCAUGUGGUGGCGCCAUCUGGCGGCCGGUGGUUUUGCCGGUGCCGUCUCCAGAACCUGCACCGCUCCCCUCGACAGGCUCAAGGUGUUCCUACAGGUGCAAGCGAGCAAACAGCGAAUCUCAGACUGCCUGCAGUACAUGCUGAAGGAGGGCGGGGUGCGGAGUCUCUGGCGCGGGAACUUUAUCAACGUGCUGAAAAUCGCGCCCGAAUCGGCCAUCAAGUUUGCCGCCUACGAGCACAUCAAGCGGUUCAUCCGCGGCAACGACAAACGCCAGAUGACGAUCUACGAGCGGUUCGUGGCCGGUGCGUGUGCCGGCGGUGUGUCCCAGUCCGCCAUCUACCCACUAGAAGUAUUAAAAACCCGACUAGCGUUAAGGAAAACCGGACAAUACAGUAGUAUAAUGGACGCGGCGACCAAGAUCUACCGCCGCGAGGGUCUCCGUUCGUUCUACCGUGGCUACAUUCCAAACAUGCUCGGGAUCCUGCCCUACGCGGGUAUCGAUCUGGCCGUGUACGAGACGCUGAAGAAGAAGUACCUCAGCCAUCACGAGACGGAACAGCCGAGCUUCUGGUUGCUGCUGGCGUGCGGUAGCGCCUCCAGCACCCUGGGGCAGGUGUGCUCGUACCCGCUGGCGUUGGUGCGGACCCGGCUCCAAGCUCACGCUGUCACAAUUGCGGCGCAGAAUCCGGCCGAAGGAAUCGCAGCCACGCCCACGAUGAGCAACGUGUUCAAGCGGAUACUGCAAACCGAGGGCCCCCUAGGUCUGUAUCGGGGCAUCACGCCCAAUUUCAUCAAGGUACUGCCGGCCGUGUCGAUCAGCUACGUCGUGUACGAAUACUCGAGCCGUGCCCUGGGUGUGAACAUGACGUGAUUUGCUGGCGCCCGCAAAACAAUACCAACACCAUUUCUUCUCCUUCUGAUCGCCAUCGUCGUCGUUAGUUGGGUUAGAUCUUGUUGGCUGAUCUCGGCUGCAGGCGCCGAGAUUCAGAUGCUAUCAAACAUGCAAACCAUACCACUAGCCGCAGCUGUCUCAUCACCACAAAACCGUCAUCAUCGUCGAACGCUCGUCAUCCUGUGUUGUUCAUUCGAGAAACACACGCGGGCGGCCGUCGUCCUUCCUUCAGUUAUUUAUUAUCAUUUGAUUAAAAGAGAAAACAAAACACCAUCGAAACAACUCCAACAAACAGUUUUCCUCUCCAGUAGAGUUUAAACUAGGAUUCAGCGAACUUACCCGGAACAUUUACGGACACUCCAAUGUUUGUUUAAGUAUUAAGAUUGUAGGGAAUGCGAGGGAAACCGAAAAGGAACAAAAAGUCAAAACCGACGAAUGAUACCAGGAGCAGAAUCAGAUUCGCUAGACUAAAAAUUACGAAAACCACGGGAAGGACUUGGACAAUGCUGAAAGUACACUUAAAAAAAAGUUCAAUAUAGUGCUUUUCUGUAACUUUACUAAGGCUAAGUGUAGAUAUUGCAUGUUUAACUUAUUUCUCCGCCCUGUUAUUUUUAUUACUUCUAGUAGCAACAAAUUGAAAAAGCUCUUUUUUAUACUGAAAAAUACAAAAAUAACCCAAAAACAUGCUUUCGUAAGUAAACCUUUUCUCACAGAGACGUAUGAAACCUUUUACGAUUCCAUUCAUUGCAUAAUCUAUCUAUCGUAGUUAAUAUUAAAACAACUGAUGAAAAAUAGAAUCAACCGUUUGAAACCGCGUUAUAAAGUCUCUCUAAACGUUACUGUUUAUAUUCUAAAACAAACAAGAAAAAAAAACCUAAAACAAAACAUAUACUGAAUCAAUAUGAAACAGACAAAUGAAACGAGAAAAAUAAAAAUUAUAACCUAAAGCCAAACAACAAAAAUAGAAACGCAAGUAGUUAAUGAACCAUAAACAAAAAAAGAAAGCUGAUUGUAAAAGCAAGCUUACUAUCCGAAGCGAGAAAGAGAAACAACGAGAGAGUAAGUGUGACCGUGUGUAUUAGUAGGAGGUUUGCCCGUCGCCCUCACUCUUUAGAGACAGAUUUUUUUCAAACAAUAAUUAAAACUCUUAUUUAUUUUAAUUUAGAGAACUUGCUUACGCGCCACCCUCAAUUGAAAUUAAAAAAAAAGUGUAACCCACAAGAGAGCAGCAGCAAAUUGCAUGUAUAUUUUAGGUGUAUUGUAGUGAAUUUACGCAAUUUUCCUCCCAAUUAAACCCGAUUUGCUUCCCAAUUAGUUAGAACUGUUGAAAGCCUUCCUAAAUUUUCAACUUUCAUCAUUCUUCUGCUGGUUAAGAAAAAAAACCCGUAAGCUUAACGCAAACAGGGCCGGUUCCUGUUGUACGCGCAUGCUUUGAGAUCCUUGCAUCCUUUUGAAUGUGAGUGCGUGAUGGAAAUCGUAAGAUUUUUUUCUGAAUGUUUGCUUCUUUACUUCCUUCCUUUCCUUUCCUGUUUUCCUCCCUUAGAUAGGACUUAUAUGUAAUUGCUUAGUAUUUUUGGUCCCCUUUUUUAUUUUGUAAAUUUUAGCUUUUUUUUAAACUUAAAAAUUGGGAAGCAGUUGUCAUGUUCGCUUGUGUGUGAUCGUAUUGCUGCAGGUGUGCGAAUGUUGAUAGAAUAUUGAAAUUGAUUACUGAGAUACUAGAAAAGAAGAUAAAGGAGGAAAAGAAAAGGAUAAAACGGAAACGAAAAGCACUGAUUGGGCAACAGGAACAUGUGUAGGUAACGAUUUUAAAUCUUUAAUCCCCAUUUUCGUUGGAUUAAUCUGUGAAAGUGCGAUCAAGUCGGAAUAUUUUUCCUUGUUUGCUUUGUUCUUUCAAAUAUUUCAAAUGUGAUGACUAUUUUCCUUUUGGAAAACUUUAAAAAUCAAAUCAAAAGUUGGCGAAAAUAUUUUUUGAAACUUCUUAUUUAUUCCGUUCGAUAUAUUUUUUGGAAACAAUACCGCAAAGAUGCACGCUGAGAGUGGCACAAAACAAAAGAACACAAACGAGAAAUGAAACCAGAAUUGUCGAGUCUAGAGGAUCGGAAAUACAAUGAUAAGCUGAUAAACGAAAAAAAAAUCUUGUAGGUAUGUAAUGAUCUUUCCAAAAAGAGGCAUCUCCUGUAAUGCAACAACAUUCGAACAACAACCGUCUUGCUAACACGACAAAAAUGCAGAAACAAACAAACAACAACAACUAAAGCUAAAUCAAUGAAAUAAAAAAAAACGAUUAUUCUCUAUUCUAUAAACAAA